AUGGUAGUGAAUGGUGGCGAGUGGUGGCAGGCGGUGGCGGGAGGAGCGGGUGGUGAUGCCGCCACCCGGCACUGGGACGCGGUCUGCAAGGUCGCGUUGACCUUCGCAAUCAACUGCUUCCAGGGCUGCCAAGGAGUCAUCCAUGUAAAGGUCAGCCCGGUUCCUCUUGGCUUCACCAUGACUGACCAAGCCACGGCUACUAAGCCCCACCGCCAUGACAACGCGAGUAUCCGG